CGCACCGCGCAGCCGCCGCCCCGCCCCGCAUCGCCCCUCCCCUGCCCCGCAUGCGUGGAAGCAUUGAGCGGGAAGCUGCGGGUUGUUACCCGCUCCAUCCCCGCAUCCCAUCGCCAUGAACGGCACGUUGAUCCCCGGGACGCCCAUCGCCGUUGAUUUCUGGAGCGUGCGGCGUGCGGGGGGCGCACGGCUGUUCUUCUUAUCGCACAUGCACUCGGAUCACACGGUGGGACUGUCCAGCACGUGGAGCCGCCCGCUGUUCUGCUCGCCGCUCACCGCCCGGCUGCUCCAUCACCGCCUGAAGGUCCCCACGCGCUGGAUCCACCCGCUGGAGGUUGGGCAGAGCCACGCGGUGAGCGAGGAGGUGACGGUGACGCUGCUCGACGCCAACCACUGCCCCGGCUCCGUCAUGUUCCUGUUCGAAGGCUCGUUCGGCACCAUCCUUUAUACAGGUGAUUUCCGCUACAGCCGCUCCAUGAAGCUCGAACCAUCCCUGAGCGGCCGCCGCAUUGACCGGCUGUACCUGGACAACACCAACUGCCGCCUGCGCCGCUCACUGCCGUCACGGAGCCGUGCUGCACAUCAGGCUGCUCAGCUCAUCCGCCAGCACCCGCAGCACCGCGUUGUUAUCGGUGUGUACAGCCUGGGGAAGGAGGAGCUGCUGGUGGACCUGGCACUGGAGUUCGGUACGUGGGUCGUGGUGAGUCCGUCGCGCCUGGAGCAGAUGAAGCUGCUGGAGCUGCCCGAGGUGUUCACAGCGGAGGAAGGAGCCGGCAGGAUCCGAGCAGUGGAUGUCUCUGAGAUCCGCCGGGACACCGUGAUGAGCUGGAACGUGCUGCAUCCGACCAUCGCCAUCCUCCCCACGGGCAGACCUGUGAAGGUCACCCACCCCCAAAUCCACCUCGUCCCCUACUCGGAUCAUUCGUCCUUCUCGGAGUUGUGUGAGUUUGUGAAGUGGUUGAAGCCCUGCUCGAUCAUCCCGAUUGUGAAGGACAACAUGUGCUACGCUGCCUUUCAGAAAUACCUGAGUCCUGACCACCAGGCACUUCCUGGCCUUGGGAUUCCAAAGCCUCUGCAGGUACCUGCACAGCAGCAGAGCAAAACAAGGAAACAGAAACCCGUGUGCCUUGUAAAAAGAGCUGCCCAGCACUCUGUGCCCAAAGGAGUUGUUUAUGAGCCUCUAGAGGAAUGUGCUGAGCAAUCUGAGGGGCUCGGGGGUGUUACAGCUCCUCGGCAGCACUCCCACGAGUCAACUUUCUGCUCCCACGAAGAUGGUAUUUGUUUUUAUGACUAUGAGGAGGAAGAGCCAAGUGGAGAACAGCCAGGGGGAGCAAUGGCAGCUGGCACUGCCGGGCAGUCACUUGUUUCUGAUGAGGACUUUGAAAGUGAACUUGCAAAGCAAUAUUUACUCACUCCUUUAAAUGCCUUAAAGCAGAGUUCCUUCCAUAAGGCUGUAGAAGAUUUAUUUAGUAGGUGGGAGGCGUCCUGAAAAUUGUCUGUUGGGGCGAAUGCAGUUGAUGAGAACGAUUCUGAAAGCCUUCAAACUGCAUCCUUUCCUUUGUGAGCAGGUUUCUCAUCACAGGAGAGGAGCUCAGCUAUGAGGAUUUGGUUUUGGUUCCUCUUAUUAGAGGCAAAAGAGAAUCGAGGGCUAGUUAGUAGAGAUCACAUUUUUUGUUUAUUUAUCUUUGACUUUGUUGGGUCCCCAUUCUGUGCUCAGGCAACGUGGUCCCUCUGCAUUUCUGAACCAUUAAUCUCAUUUUUGCAGAGAUUUAUGUGUCUGUUGUGGCUGUAUCUACUGCUGGGUUGGUUCAUGUUGAGCAGCAGAGGGCACGAGCUGCCUGCAGCCUGAUGGGCUCACGUGUGAUGGAAGAAGUAACAAAGGGGAACUGGAGUCCUGCAGAUCUUACUCUACACAUCUAUGCUGCUUCAUUGACAUUCAUAUUUAUAAGUACUUUAAGAUGUGUUACAGAUAUUUAUUAGGUUAUAUUUAAAAGCUGGUGCUUAAAGAAAUGUAGAAGAUGAAGUGCCUUUCUAAUCGCUGAAAUACCUCCGGGCAGCACUGACUCUCUCACCUCUCAGCACUACUUUCAUAUUAAUUGUAAAUACACUUUUCAGGUCAUUGCCUGGAAAAGACAGGAUUUAUGUGAGUUCUUGACUUCCUGCAAUGGAAGCAUCUCACUGUCGUCUGCAAGUCCUGUUUUUCCCAGUGAAAAUUAAACUCCAGAGCCUUAUCAGGUCAGCAUGAAUGGAAGCACCUGCUUCUUGUAUAACAUCUGAGGCUGCCAGGGAAGUAACAGCCCUUUGUUUGCAGUAGUUUGUUACUGGAUGCCUUGGAGAUGCAGGCUGUGCUCGGGUGCUGUUGAAAUGUGAGUGACUCAUUGACAUGCAGGGUGAAACUGCUUGUACUCCAGAUUCCACUGUGCCGCUCUGAGCUGCAGCAUCUCCACUGCUUACAAGUAAUGCACAGAGCUGUGUCAGUGCUGCUAGUUGUUCUGCUUGCAACACGGCAGUGAGAAGCUGUAGCCAAGUGUUAUGGGGCUGCGUGUCACUCAUCCCUGCAGUAAAGUGCUCAGACCGAAGCCCUCUCAAAUCUAUCCAUGCAGAACAUGCUUGAGCUGUUUAUCUCUGCUCCACAGUUGAGAGCCAAGCCCCAGUGGGAUGAAACAGAGACCAUAGAGGAGCUCAAAGCAGAGCUGAGUUCCUUUUGGCAACAUUUCAGCCCUGUUUUAACAGGCUGUGAUCAAACACUGGUGUGUCACAAGGGCAGGGCAAGGCUUAUGGCUCUGGGAGCAGCUCUGCCCUCUCGAGCUCCUCCACACAGUGCAUUGCAUUGCAAUACUAUGGAUAUUGUUCCUAACUGCUUCCCAUGUUAAAGGCUCCAACACAACAACCUCCCUGCUUCUGAGCUGCUUUGGGUUGUUGUAGCCCAUGUUCCUGUGGCUGUUUUUCUAGAUAAGAACUGACAUAUCGGGGAAAUCUGUUCAUCUGGACAAACAUACUGGGGGUAUUUUGUAACGUCACAACAACCUGAAGCCUAAAAUCUCAGGUUUAGUGUGCGUUUUAAAGCCUAAAAUCCCAGGUUUUGUGCUCUUCUAAGAGCCCUUCUGAACGAAUAACUGGAAGUGUAGGAAAGGCGGGUGCCCUGAUCGUCACCUGAGCUGCUUUGACGUGAGCUGCUGUCUGCAUCCAGCUCUUUGGGCUGCAUUUGCAAUCCCUUCUGCUCCGUUUUUACCCUCUUGAAGUCCCUGCAGUGCCUGUUUUCCUUGCUGUUAUUUUGCACUCAGCUGAGCGCAGCCUCAAUGCAAACUGCCCUGAGUGUGCAAUGAUUGUUAGGGAGGAACCUGACCAGCCCUGCGAGCAGGUGCCUGUGCAGAUAAGGAGCAUAUUCUAUCUUGGUGUGUGUGCUCAGCUCCUGCCAUGCACAGCACAGUGCACAGCUCACCCUGUGCUUGUUUUCCAUGCCAACAUGCACACACAAUGCUUGUCGUGUUAUCAAACCAAGGCUGCCUUUAGGCUUUGCUGCUGUUUGUGGUCUCACCUGUGUGUUGACCCACACGAUGGCUGUGAGAGUAAACAUUAUGUGUUGUUCUGUGA